CAUGACUGAAGAAGGUGGGGUCCAUGGUAGUCAAAGAGUCAAGUAGAGUGCACCAGGAGUUGUCACUUUUUGUGUGGUUGGUGAUGACAUGUUCGGCCAGAGUUGGUUUGUCCAGAUCAGCUGUAUCUCACAGAGGACAUUUGCUGGGUGAAUGAUCUGGGCAGGUAAUCACCCUCACAAGGUUCUUCAUCCCCUUAAUAACUGAGGGACCGUGAUCCAGUGCAUGAUCCCACACCUUCUUCCACCCAACACACUCGGCGAUCUUGUGCACAAACUGAUGUUUGGAGACCUUUUGUAGCAGCAGCAGUUGGUCUAUCUUGUUGAUGAUCUUUUGUGCAUUUCUGAUCAUGUUAAGCCCAUCUGCGAGCUCAUUGGCACUAGUAUGUCUGAUGUAAAAUUCGACUUGUACCUCUCCUCCAGUUCCCUGCAUUCCCUCACUAGACUGAGUGCCUCCACGUCAUCUACCAUAGCUGAGAAAGCUCGACGACAGAUGCUUUCCUCAUUUGUCAUGACUCUCUGCAGGAACCUUAGUUUUCUGAUGGUGCAAACUGAGUGGAGUGAGUUCCAGCCAAGUGCUACGAUCGCCGCGGUGUUGGAGUACCAUUUUGGCAGUUUCAGGAUUCUUUUUGCAAUCCCUCCUUGGAAACAUUCGAGCAUUCGGCCAGUUUUCCACCCCAUAGAGAAGAAUGGGUAGAACACAUGUC